ACAAGGAGGAGGGGGGGGCGAACAUACGGAGAAGGGAGAGUAAAACCGGUGGCAGACAAGCAAAGCGGUUGUGGAAGAUGGCAGUAAACGUUCGCCUCACCUCAGACUCUGCCGAUAAAUACAACCGUUAUGAGUUACUGGCAUGGGUGAAUGAAUCUCUACAAACAGAGUUUUCAAAAGUUGAGCAGCUUUGUUCAGGUGCGGCGUUCUGUCAGUUGAUGGACUUGCUUUUCCCUGGUUCUGUGUGUUUGAAGAAGGUGAAGUUUCAGGCCCGAGAAGAUAUUGAGUUCUUCCAUAAUUACAAACUGUUAAACGCAAGCUUUCUGAAGUUGGGUGUGACCAAGUCUGUACCUGUGGACGAUUUGGUAAAAGGAACAUUUCAAGAGAACUUCACUUUUACAAAGUGGUUCAAGAAAUUCUUUGAUGCUAACUACGAGGGUCAUGCUUAUGAUGCUUUAGUGGCUCGCGAAGGGCAAGAGAUUCUCCCUGUGCAAACGAACGCCUCAUCGCUUAGAGAUAGGCAGUUGAAGAACAAAGCAUAUGCACAGGUAAAAGUGAAACGUGAAGACUCAGAUCCUGAAGAUGAAUCGUUUAACAAGAAAAGGAAACCUCAGAAUUCGUACAACCACUUCUGGCAAGAGUGUUUUGACUGGGUUAGCCCGGGUAAUCUAGGAGAAAUGUAUGCUUAUUGUGACAUCUGUGAAAUCAAUUUAACUAUAAACCAUGGUGGAAAGAAUGAUUUAAAGCGACAUGGUGAAUCAAAGAAACAUCGGAAAAAUGCCCAAAAAAAAAAAAGAACAUGUGAAGUUAAAAAGACUAACAGCAACUUGGAGCGAAGUUUGCUUGAUUCCUUUCCCUGUGGGUAUGGCACUUUGAAAUUCAUUGAGAAAUACUGCAGGGAUCUGGAAGUUAUUAAGAACAUGUGCAAUGGUGGAAAGGUUUCGCGCAUCGUGGCACGCUAUGUGAUGGGACUAAAAUAUCCAAAGGAUAUAACUGACAUUUGUUGUCAAACUCCAUAUUGUAUUUAUUUGUACCAGAACGUAGAUUUGGGAGAUGCGGAGAGAGCUAAUGUCAUAUUGGUGGGUUUUUUCAAUGAAACAGUUGGGAAAAGUGUGAUUCGAUUUUUUGACGUUACGCAAUGCACAGCAGAGAGUGUACAGGCAGCGUUUGACUCCUUUGUAGAGUCACUUAAGAAAUUUGAUAUCCCAAUUCGCAAUCUUGCUGCUUUCUAUUCGGAGGGUGGAGCUUCUGCUGAUGAUACCUUUCUUUCCAGGCUAAAAGAAAUGAGCCCUAAUGUUGUUAAUAUGGGAAGCCUUUGCCAUAUGGUAGACUGUGCCAGCAAGUCUGGAGUUGCUGCAAUGUCCACUCUUGUGGAUGAACUUGUGUUGGAUAUUCGGAAUCAUUUCUUAUCCUCUUCCAAAACCAGCCAGAAAUUAAAGGAGCUUUUUGUGAACGUGGAACCUUUUGAUUCAGCCCGACCUGCAUCGGCACAAUGCCUUGUGCUCAGCAAAAUUGUCAAUAAGAUGUUGGAGGCAUGGCCUGAUCUCAUUAAGUACUUUCAGUCUCGCACCCUCAAGGGUGACAAAAUCCGGUUAAUCUGCGAAAGGCUGGAAAACCACAAGGUCAGAGUGACGUUCUUGUUUUUGAAACACGCACUGCAACCUCUGUGUGCCUUCAGCCUCAAGCUGCAGAAUCAGGAAAGCCUUCUCCCACUGCUGCUGAAGGACUUGAGCGGAACGCUGCGGGCGUAUGCUGGCAGGCUGCUGCUCCCAGAGGCUACAGUUAAACUGCUCAAGAGUCAGGAUCUCAAACUCCUGAACAAGGCAGAGAAUGUACUGCCGCACAAUGAGCUGUGCGUCGGACCAGAAGCUGAGAAGUACCUGACGGAACACGAGGAUGACCUUGGAGCUGCCGUGUUCUUUAAAGACGCUGCAUUGUUCUAUUCUGCUGUGAUAAUGCAGAUGCUUCAGAGACUUCCAUUGAAUGAUAGCUCCCUGAGAAAUAUCUCCACUCUGUUGAAUCCCACCUGCAAAUUGAAAAUCACUGGGAAAAUGGUUGUAGACCUCGCUUCCCAGCUUGGAGUGUGCAGCAGCUCGGAAGAAACUAGCCAACUCAAUGAUGAGUUUCUAGAAUAUCAGCUGUCAGAAAGUGAUACAGGGGCCAGUCCGUCCUGUUUGUCUACGCAACAGUACUGGAGUAAUGUGUUAAAAUCGUCUUUCUCUGGCUCUGGAGGACAGCUGUCAGUUUUCCAAAGACUGAUACUGACUUUGUUAUGCCUACCGCACCCUGCUUUAAAAGCAGAGAUAGCCUUCAGUAAGGCAGUUGAGAACGGAGACGCGUCACUCAUUGAUGACAGCUUCUCUCACAGUCAGUGGGAAGACACCACAGACCUGGACCUCACUAACGGGACUGAAGACAGCUUCCAUUCCGCUGAAGAGCCGUCCUCGCCACCGCGCCCCAAACAGAACGGGGAGACCAGCUCCACAGAUGUGGUUGAACUUUCCCGGAUGAAGCAGUGUGUUGUACUGGUGGAAAAGAAGAUAAAGUAUACUGACAAUGUCAUUAUCCAGUCUAACCAAAAAACAGCAAAAAGCAGCUCUGAUGUGGGAGAUGAGAGUUUUUGGGAUAACUCUUUUAAAGAGGGGGUGCCCAGGGGAAUAUAUGGGUGGGAUUCAAGUCUCCGACAGAAACCCCCUGCUCGCAAAAUAUAUCAGGCAGGUGCGAAUUCCUGGGAAAAACCAAAGACUGACAACUGCAGUCCAAGCACAAAAAAGAAUUUAAGCACCUCUCUGGAUGGGAAAGGGUUCAGAGUUGGCGAGCUCAUCUGGGGGAAGGUGAAGGGCUUCUCCUGGUGGCCAGGCCUUGUGGCUGGCUGGCCAUAUAAGCAGGCUCCUGUCUCCAUGAGGAGGGUUGAGUGGUUCGGAGAUGGCAUGUAUUCAGAGAUCUACACAGAGAUGUUACUCCCCUUUGCAGCUUUCUCAGAGUGUUUUUCUAACACUUCCUACGUCGAUCUGCCCGCUUAUAAGGAUGCGAUUUUCCAGUCGCUUGAGAAAGCCGCAGAGAGAUCUGGGAAGACAUUUCCUCCCUGUAAGAAGGACGAGCAGCACAAACUCAUGCUCGAGUGGGCAUUCAAAGGGUUUCAACCAGCAGGAGCCGAGGGCCUGAAACCACCUGAAAUUACAGAACCAGCAGUAGUCAUAAAGGAAGACCCUAUGGAGAUCGCUAUUGGAGAUUAUCAGCCCCCUGUGAAGAAGCAUAAAUACUACAGUAAAAACAAAGGCACAGCUGAGCAGAACUACACCAGAGAACAAAUGGUCCAAGAAGUUUUGCAAAAAGGAAAAAAUUUAGAAGAUUUCUGUCUGUCUUGUGGGACCGUGAGAAUCGAGAUAUUUCAUCCCCUGUUUGAAGGAAGUCUGUGCCUGAAGUGCAAGGAUAAUUUCUGUGAAACAUUAUACCGUUACGAUGAGGAUGGGUACCAGUCAUACUGUACGGUGUGUUGUGCUGGCCAAGAGGUCAUUCUUUGUGGAAAUUCCAGUUGCUGUCGGUGCUACUGCAUUGACUGCCUGGAUUUCCUGGUGGGUCCAGGGACAUUUGAGAAAGUGAAGGAAGUAGAGCCCUGGCAUUGCUACAUGUGUCUGCCUUCCAAGCGCUACGGACUCCUGAAGCAGAGGCCCAACUGGAGCGUUAAAGUUCAGGAGUUCUUUGUGAAUACCAGCGCCAUGGAAUUUGAACCCCACAGAGUGUACCCAUCUAUCCCUGCAGAUCAGAGGCGACCCAUUAAAGUCUUGUCUCUCUUUGAUGGCAUUGCCACGGGAUAUUUAGUCUUAAAGGAUCUGGGCUUCAAGAUAGACCGGUACAUUGCAUCUGAAAUCUGUGAAGACUCUAUCGCAGUUGGCCAUAUCAAACAUGAAGGAAAAAUUGAACAUGUGGAUGAUGUCCGAACCAUUACGAAAAAACAUAUAGCGGAGUGGGGUCCCUUUGACCUGUUGAUUGGGGGAAGCCCCUGUAAUGACCUCUCAAUUGUCAAUCCAGCAAGGAAAGGCCUGUUUGAGGGCACAGGAAGACUGUUCUUCGAAUAUUAUCGUUUGCUGAACAUGCUUAAACCGAAGGAAGGAGACUCCCGACCUUUCUUCUGGCUGUUUGAGAACGUGGUGGCCAUGGGUGUCCGGGACAAACAGGAUAUUUGUCGCUUCCUGGAGUGCAACCCUGUGUUGAUCGAUGCAGUCAAAGUGAGUCCAGCACAUAGAGCAAGAAACUUCUGGGGUAACAUACCUGGAAUGAACAGGCCACUUGCUACUUCUUUGAAUGAUAAAGUUGAACUUCAAGCCUGCCUAGAACAUGGCAGAAUAGCAAAGUUUAAAAAAGUCCGUACUAUCACAACACGUCCAAACUCCAUUAAACAGGGCAAACAAGAGCUGCUUCCUGUUAUCAUGAAUGGAAAAGAGGAUAACCUGUGGUGUACAGAGCUGGAAAGAAUCUUCGGCUUUCCCAAGCACUACACAGAUGUAUACAACAUGGGACGCGGGGCUCGUCAGAAGGUUCUUGGAAGGUCGUGGAGUGUCCCUGUGAUCCGCCACUUGUUCGCACCCCUCAAAGACUACUUUGCCUGUGAAUAACAACGAUAACAAUGCAAAUAAGAAGACCUCACACUUCAAGACAGUAUUUAAGGUUCCAGCAAGGAGAAACCAACCACAAGGCAGGCACAGAGACUACAGUGCUAGCGGUUGGGGGUGCACACCCACUGCGUCUUUAAUAUUACAGGAGGGCAUUCUUUUAUGCUACCAUCAGCUACUACCAGUUACAUGUAACUUUUUAAAAUAUACAUUGUUUUACUCAGGAUUUUUUAAAGGUCAUUUUUAAGGUUGUCAAACUUAGUAGUCCUGUUUUUACAAGUAGUAAUUAUACUUUCGUUUUUUAAAUACAUCUCAGGUUUAAUGCGCCACUUGCAGCAUAAUGUAACUGUUUCUGUUUUAAUCAGAAGGCUUGGUAUUUUUACCGUUUCACAAGCAUGGUCAAUUACAGCCUACCUCAAAGCUUUCCUGUGCAAUGCUCUGUGCCUGUCUUUAGAUUGGAAUUGUAUUCAGUGCCAGCAAAUGUUGGUUAAAAUUGGCUGGGAUCUGCAUGAUCCCAAUUGGGUAUCAUCCAAACUGUUCACUUUGGAGCAUAGGGGUUUUCUUGUUUUUUUUAAUUUAAUAAUGGUUAUGUUUUAUUAUUGUAUAAACAUGGGAAUGCCUUUUUCAGGCACGGGAGAUCAGACAGUUUAGCAAGGCUUCUAGAAAACUGAUGCCUUCUGUACUUCAUAGUGAAUGUGUUAUCUGCCUACCCCAGGAUGGGCUGUUACGUAUCUCUUAUUACUCUGACUGGGCUUAAAGGGCUUUUGUCUUCGAUGGUGAUCACAGAAUAAUCAAUAAUGCCUUUAUAUCUGUUUUUUUUUUAUAUAUUUUUUCGUUUUUUUUUUUUUUUUUUGCAAAAUAAUUGAUACGACAUCAAAAUUGUAGGAUUUAAGUUGAAGGGAUACUCUUUAUAUGUUUUAUAUCUGAUUCAUUGUUUAAUGUCUUCCCAUUUUAAUAUCUUGCUAUUUUGUGUUCCUUGCCAUACUCCAUAUAGUGUUUUGUGAUUAGAUUGAACCACUUCUGAAAGCUGGAUUUCUUAAGCGAGGUGGUUUGACAUGUCUACUAGCAGGUGUGCAACUAUCCUUUCUGUCCCCCCUGCGACUGUAGCUAUUAGUUGCAUGACCCUAUUGGUUAUUUAAAAAAACUGCAUCUCAGAAAUUCACCUUGUUAGAAGUGCUGUAAGUUUUUGUCUGAUAAAUUCCAUUAUCUGAACAGUAUUUCAUUUUAAUGUCAGUGUUACGUGAGGAUUUAAUCUUCGCGGAGGAGAAAACCUGGUUGAGGGCUGAUCUCUUGUGUGAGGAAGUUCUGAGUUUGAUUUCCCCCAGCACGGCCAUUCUGGCAUUGAUUGUGUAGGAGUUGCUAAAUGGAAAUUGAAAAGCCAGUGGAAAUGAUGUGUGUAUUCCUGAAGGAAACCUAUUUUAAAGAGUAAUUUUUACUCCAGCUGGGAAUACAGUGGCUUGCGAAAGUAUUGACCACCCUUGGCAUUUUUCCUAUUUUGUUGCCUUACA